AUGGCGGCCCUUAAAAUCUUUUCUCUCGCCUCUGCGUCUGCGCUCCUGAUGGCUAACGCUGUCCACCAAACACCAAAGCAAACUCCAUUGACAGCGAGAGGAGUAUCCUCAACCUACACUGUAAAUCUUGGCGAGACGGCCGUGUGCCUCGCCGAAAUCAACGAUGCACGCGAAGCCGCUGGACUCGCACACUUCGUAGCGGCCAGUAAUGGAGAAUUUGCGUGGCCUGCAACUAGCCGCGAAGACAGCGGAGAGACAAGUGAUGCCUGGGAUCCUGUUUGCAGCGCUCUGAUAGCAAAAGACUCAGGAGACGAAGCAAAAACGGGCACAGGCACAAGUGAAUUUAAAAGUGGUACAUACGCAUUCAUGGCAUUAUCAACGGACCAGGUGGACUGCGCCGCCGCCGUGGACCACUGGCAGGACGCCCUCAACAACUUCACUUCCCUUCCUCCAUCGAAGGCUGAAGGAGACUCACUCUACGACAAACCAGAGAACGUCUCUUUUGUUGCAAUGUACAACCCUUCAGGCAGUGCCGCUGCUGACUGUCGAGUCGUUACCUGCACACAAACGCCCUCUAAAUCCGAACUCUCCAACUUACGGAGUAGUAAUGAAGCAAAGACAGGCUAUGCUCUACUGUGCUUGACCACUCCUGACCUGAUGAAGGAUGAAAGCUCUGCUCCAUUCUCGGAGGACCAGUGGAGUAAGAUCAAGGCAUCCCUCACAGGCUCAGCCUCAGUCGCCGCCCCAAGUCUCAUUGCCUUUGUUAUUGCUGCCCUUGGCCUGGCUGCCUUUUGA